AUGGCUGCUGCUGAUGUUGCUAAACCUUCCCCAUUGGCAUUCGCUAGCCAGACAGCUAGAUUUCAAACCACUGGUAUGCAUCCAGAAUUACUGACUACUAUGCAACUUCAGAGUUCACCUUAUGUUGGACCAGGUUCUUAUGACUUAACGCAAUAUGGCGAUUUCAGCGCAAAGACUCUAGAAAAUCGUAUGAAAGGUCCUAAUUGGCAGCAUGCAUUGUAUACAGAACAAAUGGCGAAGAUUCCUCAUUCAUCUUUCAAAGAAACGUAUGAAAAACGAAAAGAAACUGAAAGACGGAUUGGUCCUGGUACUUAUCCAGUUAACGACUUUUUAACGGAAGCUGAUCGUCGACCACAUUGCGCACGCGGUGCACUCGAUCAAUUAACUCCUCGAUUUCCAAAAGAAAAUUUGAAUCGAGCGCCGCCGCCCGGUGCAUAUGGUAUACCUGAUGAGAAGCUCCAAGAAAAACGCUGGAAACAAGGAAGUAAUGUUCCUUCAUUCGAUUGGAGUAGUGGAACAAGAACAUUACCACUUGAGGGUUCAAAAAUUGGUCCAGGAACGUAUAAUAUUAAGAGUUCAAUCAAUGAACUACUUGAAAAACGUGUCAGUGAAAAAGGGCCCUAUCAACUAUUUACGACGAGUCGGUCAGCACCAAUAUCAACUGGACAUCAUGCAGUUCUUGACCGAUGGGAUCUAUCACCGGACUUUCCAUCGAAAAACUUUCCUGAAUCUAUCUCGUCAACUUAUUUAUUGACCAAAACAAAACAUGGUACAUUUAGUAAACUAAGCAGAUUUCAAAAGAAGCCAACAGAUCGAAUAUCCAUCGAUCAUCCAGGUCUCGAACCCAAAAAUGUCGAUUUUCCUGGUCCAGGUGCCUAUGCAACCACACGAACGUGGGAACAAGAGGAUUUUCAUAAGAAAAAAGUACCAUUUAACACGUCAUCAUCAAGAAAUGAUAAACGCUCAUUCACUAACAUCGGCGGCAAUCAAACCAUAGGUGUCGGUCGAUACAAUCUUGUCUCACCUGUUCGAGACGAAACAGUAGCUGAUAGACGUAAACGAUCAAGACGACGAAAUGUUGCCUUCUCUUCCACGACGUCACGCUUCACUUCAGCCGAUAGAGAAUCAUUGCUAACUGAGCGGCUAAAGCCGCGAAACCUUCGAUCCGAACAACGAACACAAUUAUAUACGAAAGGUCAUAUAACAGCGUAA